UCACUGCAUUGCCUCUGAGCUCUGGCGAUGAGUCAGCUCGUGUGCAGGGCUGCAGGUCAAUAGUCUCCGGUGAUAACCGAUGCAUUAAUCCGUCCGCUUUAAAGGGAAACACGGCGGUUUUAGCAGCAGCAACUUAGCAUUUUGUAUGUAUAUCUCUAUAUAUGAGUGAAUCAUGGAUCAGUUUCGUGGUCUAUUUGACAAACUGGACCAAAACGAGGAUGGCUUCAUAACGGUGGCCGAGCUCCACGACGAGAUGAGGAAGCAUGGGAUCCAAUCAGCGGAUAGCAAGGUUCAGAAUAUCAUUGAUUCUUAUGACAAAAACAAAGAUGGCCUGCUGGAUUAUAAAGAGUUCCUCAGCUACAUGAUGGACAGAGAGAAGAAAUGGAAAAUUUACUUUCAUGACCUUGACAGGAACAAGUGUGGGGAGAUUGACCAGGACGACGUCAUAUGUUUGUUUAAGGAGUUAGGAGUGGUCAUAUCAAAGCCGAAUGCAAAAAAAAUAAUACAAAUGAUGGACAAGGACAGCUCCAUGACGGUGGACUGGGGCGAGUUCCUGCACCACAUCAUCCUCAACCCCGUGGACAAUAUAGGAGAGCUGGUGUCCUCAUGGAAACACAAUCUGGUUUUCGACGUGGGGGAAAGUCGUGCGAUGCCCAUCGAGUUCCCGGAGGAGGCUUCUGGCUUUGGUGCUUGGAGGACUUUUGUCCUGGCAGCAGGGCUGGCGGACGCUGUGUCCCGGACUGUGACAGCGCCAAUAGACCGCCUUAAAACCCAGCUUCAGGUUCAAGGAUCCAAGGCCUUCUCUCAGGGCUUUCAGGAGAUGAGGGCGGGUGGCGUGCGGUCCAUGUGGCAGGGCAACGCCGUGAACGUGCUGAAAGGGACGCCGCAGUCAACCCUACAGUGUCUUAUCUACGCCCAGAUGAUGGUGUACACCCAGAACACGACUCGGGAGGCUCUGACGGUGCAGCAGCGCUUCGGCCUGGGCUGCGUCUCCGGAGCCGUUGCCCACGCCGCCUUCUACCCCUUAGAGGUGUUGAAGGUGAGGCUGAACCUGCAGCAGGCCGGCACUUAUCACGGCGUCGCGGCGUGCGCUCAGUCCAUUUACAGACAAGAAUCUUUGUCCUCCUUUUACAGAGGAUUCAAGCCGAGCAUCCUUUGCAUGAUCCCUUACGCGGGGGUGGAGUGUGCAGUUCAUCAGUCCAUCAUGAACUGGGCGCGGAGCGAUCCUGCUUACAACAGCGACUCAAAGCUGUUUUUCUUUAGUUUUGUGGCAUUUGCUUCUGCACAAAUGACCAGUUACCCGCUGGCAGUGAUCCGAACUCAGCAGCAGGCACAGGCUUUCAGGUCAGAUUCUCGUCCAUCCUCAGGUGUGUUACCGGGACUGAUUGGGAUAUAUGAAAGACAUGGAAUUAGAGGAUAUUAUAGCGGCAUGGGAGCCAGCUUCGUCAGGGCUAUUCCAUGUGCCUUGAUUAACUACACCCUGACAAGAAAAUUUGAAAGUCUGUGUUCUUCCAUGGAGACUUGAGGAAUGAAAAAACAAAAUGCAAAAGACGUGACUUUGAAUGUUAACUGUGACGUGAAACAGGAUUUUAUGCUGUUGUUUUCGACAGACAACAUGAAACCAGCCUGUUUACAAUAAAGCUGAAUGCUGCACGGUUGCCUUCAAACACAAACUGUGACUAAGUACUAACUGGAAACUUGAGAUGAGUAAAUGAGGACAUGUGUGGUAGAGUGGGUUGUAAAAUAAAGUUUUAUUUCAGAACAGAGGU